CUCUUCGUCCCCGUCGACGCCGACAUCUGCAGAGAAUUCUUGUCAGCGACGCCCGAAUAUACGGUGGUGAACGGAUAGGACGCGCUCUGAACGCGAAGGACGACGUCUAGAUACCCAUCCUGCGUCGGACUACUGUACCCACGGGAGACGUACACAUUAUGAACGGCAAUGGAUACGCUGGUAGUAGUCACGACCUUGAGAUGGCCCCCUUGCGCGCCAGUGCGGAGCACAGGCGAAGCGGGAGCCGACGAUUAUCCAGGGAAGACAGGCGACAGCCCACAAAGCAAGCCAGCGACGACAGCCUGCGUACCUCCAGUGACGAUAUACCCUGGGCAUCAAGCGACGACGCGCCGUGGACAGACAAUGAUGUCACACCCAAGCCAUACACCACCUACCCCGACGCCUCGCCCCUCACCGCGACGAAUUAUGACCGCGCAAGGGGCCUCGAGAGGAUACCUGGCUCGUACGAGGGAGUGUAUCCUCCCCGCGGCGGCCGCCUCGCACAUAUACGGCAUACAGUGUGGCCGCAGGUGAAGGGGAUUGUGGUUGAGUCCGCCCCCACCCUCCUCCUCACCACGCUCGGCCUCCUCCUCACCGGCGAGCUCCUCGACCGCACCGCGCGCUUCCCCGCCAUGCAGCGCGUCGACCAGCUGAUCAUGAUCAUCCCCGUCGUCCUCAACCUGAAGGGCAACCUCGAGAUGAACCUCUCCGCGCGGCUCGGCACGGCGGCGAAUACGGGGCUGCUGGAUGAUGGGGUGGACGAUGAGCGGAACGUGGUGUCGCUGAACGAUGAGGACGACGGCGCACCCCACCGCUCGUCCUCCCCCCACCCCCACCUCCCACCCUCCUCCCCCUCCCCCCGCCGGCAGAUCAUCACGGGCAACCUCGCGCUCCUGCAGGCCCAGGCCGCCGUCGUCUCCUUCGUCGCCGCGUGCGUGAGCAUUGGGCUCGGGAUGGUGGUGCCGCGGGGGGAGGGGGAGGCAGGAGAGGGAGGCUCGAUGACAACACCGGCAACCACUUCACCAGUGUCGGCAGCGACCACUCCACCAGUGGCGGCAGCGACUUCAACAGCGAGGAGUCUGGUAGCGCGCGCCCUCCGACGACGACGGCCGCUCCCGGCGGCGCUGAAGACCGCGGGUAGGACGAGUGGGCUGCCGACCUUCAUCUUCCUCGCCGCCACCGCCACCGCCUCCGCCGCGCUCUCCGCGCUCCUGCUCGGCGCCUUCAUGUGCGCGCUCGUCGUCGCGUGCCGGAGGUUCAAUCUGGACCCGGACAAUAUUGCGCCGCCGGUGGCGGCGUGCUUGGGCGAUCUGGUGACGCUGGUGCUGGUGGGGGUGGUGAGUGGGGUGCUGUUGCCGGCGUUUGUGGGUGGGGGUGGUGGGGUGAGUGGAGGUGGUGAGGGGGCGAUAGGGACAGAGGGAACAAUAGGGACACAGGGAGGUAGGGGAGGUAGCGAAGGAGGUGGUGGAGGUGGAGGUGCGGGAGGUGGGACAGAGGGAGGUGGAGUGAGCGCUCGCGCGUUCGCACCGAGGCUGUUCGGCCUCCCGGUGAUCCCGCUCCUGGUGUUUGCGACCGUGAUUGCGAUCGCGGUGUUCUGUCUGUUCGGCAUCGUCCGCCGCAACCGCUACGUGCGCCCGCUGCUGCGCGAGGGGUGGGCGCCGCUGUUCGGCGCGAUGGUGAUCAGCAGCGGGACGGGGAUCGUGCUCGAUUUGUUUGUUAGUCGCUACGAAGACUUCGCGGUGCUCGCGGUCGUGAUCAGCGGCCUACCGGGCAGCGUGGGGUCCAUCUUCACGAGCCGGCUGAGCACGGAGCUGCAUGCGGGCGCGGGGCGGGAGCAGCAUGAGCGUGGGGUGGGUGAGGAGGGGAGGGGGUUGCUCGCGGACGAGGGUAGAGGACUACUCGCGGACGAAGAAGACGGGACGCCGCUGACCGCGCCCCUGACGAAGCCCUCCCACCGCCGCACGCCCUCCUCAUCGCACGCGCGGUCGCCUUCGACGGCCUCCUUCCACCGGCAAUCGUCCCAUUAUCCCCCGACACCAGGGGCGCCCUCGCCGCAUCAUAUGUCCACCCCCCACCACGCCCGUCCUGCACCGCCCCCGCCCCCGCCGCUCACUGUCGCGAUCACCCUGCUGCUCAUCACGCUCCCCGUCGAGCUCAUCUUCCUCGCCGUCGUGCGCGGGCUGGGGUGGCUGGAGCUGCCGCUGCUGUUUGUGGGGUGCUCGGUGGUGUUCUUCUGUGUAGCGGUCACCAUCUCCCUCCUCGUCGCCUACCACCUCACUAAAUUCCUCUGGUCGCGCGGCCUCGACCCGGACUCGAACGCGCUCCCGCUGCACUCGUCGCUGAUGGACCUCGUGGGACAGCUGCUGCUUGUGCUGUGCUUCGAGCUGGUGAGUCUGAUGGGCGUGGUGGUCGAGACGCGGGCGAGGUGAGGGGGGUGAGUGGAUGGAGCACGCGGGCGAUGUGGGGGAGGGGGUGGGUGUAUCAUGGUUGCCAACAUAGAGCGCUCGUAUACCAUGCAUGCGGAUAAUGAUUCAUUGGAAUAUCGUCGACGCGCGUCGGACUCGUCGAUUCCGGCGCGCAUGUCUCAUCGGACCGCUACCCGCACGUGUACCUCGACAAGGGACGCGCGCAACUUCUCCAAAGGACUUGCUUUGUUGUGAUAUUGUUGUCAUCACCUCGUG